AUAUGAAACAAGCUCCUUGCGUGCAAUAUGGAGAAUCGGGUGAAAGGCAGCAGUCUUGUUUAUAGGGCGCGGUAGUGUUUACGAGUGUUUUUGCUGAAAUUAGUUAUUUAAAAAAAAAAAACUCUUCAACUCUUACAUGUUGUAACACCGAAGGACGGACAAACAAAAUGUCAGCGGAACCGGUAACGGUACGUUUGGACGAAGGCAGCGGUCCUCCGGCUGUGUUUCCAGUGGCGUUAAAGAAAAUACUGGAAAUUCCUCCGCCGAAUUUGUUGGAAUGUGCAGCUGAAAAUGAGAAAGAGAAGCUUUCAGGAGAUGAAGUGGACUCUGGAGGGGGAGUCAGUGGACUGGGGCCAUCAGCUGCCUUGACGCCUGCUAUCUGGGACAAGACAAUUCCAUAUGAUGGCAAAACCUUUCAUCUUGAGUACAUGGAUCUGGAGGAAUUUCUGAUGGAGAAUGGUAUCCCUGCUUCGGAACAAGUCCAGGAGAAGAGCCUUGCUAAAGAGAGCUCUAAGCAACUACUAGAGAAAGCCCCCACCAUCGUCCUAAAGACAGAACCAAGUCCAGCAUCUCCUGUCUCUCUUCUGCCAACCGUGGAGCUGGAGCAGUGUGAAGAAGAAGUAAUAACAACUGUUGUAUCAAACUCUGACUCAGUACAGACCAAAACAGGCCUAACCACAGAGAAGGAACGUCUGACACCAGAUCCCAUUAACCCAGAGGACAUUGAGAUAGCAGUGGCCUUCGAGCCAGAUCCUGCAGACCUUGUGCUUUCCAGUGUACCUGGAGGAGAACUCUUCAACCCUCGCAAGCAUCGCUUCAGUGAAGAGGAUCUCAAACCACAACCCAUGAUGAAGAAAGCCAAGAAAACAUUUGUGCCUGAAGACCAGAAGGAUGAGAAAUAUUGGCAAAGAAGGAAGAAGAACAACAUUGCAGCAAAACGUUCCCGGGAUGCCAGGCGGCUGAAGGAGAAUCAGAUCACAGUCCGUGCAGCCUUCUUGGAGCGGGAGAAUAUGGCUCUGAGGCAGGAGGUGGCUGAGCUGCGCAAGGACUUAGGAAACUGCAAGAAAAUCGUUGCUUUCUAUGAAACAAAAUACGGAUCACUGUAAGAGAUUGAUCCUGGCAACAGUUGGACAAUUUGUAUUUUCAGAAGAAGUCAGUAAAUCCACUCCAUCUCAUGACUAAACUGAAACCUUUACUACAGUCACAUUUUGCCUUGUUUCUUUACUUUAUUUCUAUAUUACUUUUUAUGAUGCUAGUCCAAACCUUAGACACUCUUGGAAAAAGAGGUUUUUACUGAAACCUGGCCCCAGGUAAUGGACUGUGUUUAAUAAGGUGGUGUAAGGGACAAAAUGGUGACUUAAAGGGAUUUAAAAAGCUUUAUUUUAACAGCUGAAAUCAUAUUGCACAUGGUCAGUGAAAGCAUACAUAUCUGCCUAACUGUAAUUAUAUUAAGCCCACCUAAUUGUAAUUAAAAUUUAAUUAUAUAAACAUAUUUUUUUAAAUCAUAUUUUAACCUUUAGUAACAGUUUAUUUAAAUCAUAACACAUUCAUAAACAUUGCUUAAAUAUUUUAGAAAGCAGUACUGGAGUGUGUAUGUAAGGAUUGUGUCAAAGUUUGUGAGAUGACAUAAAGGUUUUUUUGAAGUAUUGGUUAGUCUUUACACGAAAGCGAGAAGAAGCCCUGAAUAUUAAUAUGGUGUACAUAUUGUAUCUGUAUUUUUCAAACAUUUUUAAAAAUGUUUUAUAAAGUACCCCUUGUCAUCUAUCGUUUAGGGAAGUGUAUGUAGUGUAUUGAAUACUCUUCAACUGAAGUAUUAAUAAUCCAUUUGUAUUCAAAGCUAUAAUGAAGCACCAUUAAAAUACAACUACACUUGUUUGUGAAGCCAAUAUGAUAGCCAAAUGACUAAUUUUAAUACUGUCAAAAUAAAGUGAUAAUCAUAUUUGUAUUUAUAAGUUUGAAGCACUGUGUAUACCUUCUCAAAUUAAUAAGGAUAAAAAAUGAUCUCAGUUGGCUCUUAAUGAUAUUUGGGGGUUCAUUCUUAGACGUUCUUCCUGGAAGCAUGAGGAAGAGAAUUAAGGUUGAAAUUCAGAUUGAAUGGGUGGUUAUGUGACUUGGUGAGUUGGGAUGGCGAGAUGGAAAACACUGUGUGUAAAACCAGUAUGUCUUGUGACUGAAUCAUUAUUCCAACUUCUCUAUCUCUCAAAAUGUCAUGUGACCAAAUUGGCUCGUGCAUUUUUAAUUGAACAUUUUUACUGUUACAGAUUCAUAGAAAGAUAAAUAAAAAUAGUACAACAGGGGAGUACACUAAAUUCUAUGCUUUUCUUGUUUCUAAUUUUGUAGACUUUCAACUGUGGUGAAUGGUAAAGAGGCUGUUCAGUUAUUUCUGAUCUAAAGCAUACCCAUUACUCAUGUUUGAUGGAAGGGCUUCUUUUUCAAGGUAGUUAUAUUACCAUACUGCCUUAGAUGUGAGUUUAUCAGGGACUACUUUGCAUCUCAUAUUAUCAGUGCAUUUACUUGAGCUGCUUUGAAUUAUUUGUUGACUAAAUAUGAGAUUUCUAUCUGUAGAUAUUAUAGAUAAAAGUUAAUGGCAUUGUGUCUCAGCGACGUUAACCUGUUAAAAGUUUGGUUAAUAUACUAGAGCUUCCUGAAAGAAUGAUGUUUGUCUCUUUUGUUAAUAGAAUGAAACUGCCCACCAGGCACUGAGUAAAUGUUUUUUAAGCAAAUAAAUUAUUUAGCCCUUUAAGUGUGACUUUAAACUGAAAUUCUGAUUGGUCACCAGAAAGGGUUGGUGUACUGGCAAGCUCCAGGUCAAUAAUCUCAGAAACAUGGUUCAGAAUGCAAGAUUGGAUUUCCAGGUUCUAACUUGAAAGGAAAGAGAUGUACCACAUUUUUUUUUAUCUGUACUGCAUGUCUAAUCAAAGCUUUAUUUCAUGUUGAAAGGGGAUUUAUACUUGUGUUUCUAUAUUCAGAAAUCUCUGGUCUGAGGUCACUAUCACUCUAGUUCAUGUCUGUUACUGAGCAAACAUCAUUCCAGCUCCAGAUCUAUACAGACUGAGUCCAGUUCUAGGCUUUAACACACUGACCAGGGCUGGUAAUUAACCAUUUGUGAGCAGGGAGAACAUUAAACUGUGCUGUAAUGACCUCUGGUUUAUAGAAUAUUGCUUUUUUGUAACUUCUGUGCUGAAGGUUCCCUGCUUAUACAUGUUAUUAAAGAGAUUGUGUUUUGUCAGUA